CGACGGUGCAAUCGGUGUUCUUUUUGUGCAAUUAUCGAAUGUUUCUGUAUAUUCGAAAUUGUUACGAAAAGUAAACGAUUCAAUUAAAAAAUAAAUGCAAAUAUUUUAUACUAAAAUAUGAUUAGAGACACCAUUGUAAUCAUAACAUUUACACAUAUGUAAAUGUUUCAAUGUGAAAGGAGAGGUUAUGUUUUGCAGAAUUUUCGUGAUUUUGUAAAAUUCAGAAUUUAUAUAAAUAUUCGCUUUGAAAAUUAAUAUAUUUGUAGUUAUUGAUAGGAAGAUUUAGAUUAUAUUUGAGUUGUAUACAAUGGACGGAGUAGGAUUAUUUAAUACUUUUCUUCAAACACACCAACCUCAAUUAGAAUCUUCUGGGGUACCAAGAAUAUAUUGGCACAUUUUAUUUAAAAAACUUCAGUACCAGAUAUUUGAUUCAGGUCUAAUAUUUCAAUUAAUGAGAAUUGAUUACGAUAGUGAUGAGAAGGGUGAAAAGGAUCCUAUUUGGAAGCUCUUUGUUUGUCAUAAGGAAGGCAUUGCUGUUAAGGACCCAAACAAUAUUUAUUUGAUAGAUCAUGCAUGGACAUAUGAUAUUAGCAAUGCAAGGCAAAAUUUAUCAACUAUUCCAGAUCUAUUAGAUCGUAUGUGUUCCUUAAUGGGUUUUGACAUAGAUGCAGAGGAAGAUGAAAAGAUAGAAUUUGUAUUAAAUGAAAUGUGGAGGUAUAACCAAUCUUUUUCUAUAAAUAGUGGUUCUAUAGAGGAUAGAAUGCCAGUUUGGUAUAUUAUGGAUGAAGUGGGAUCAGCAAUAAAUCAUAGUGAUAACCCCAACUUUAGAACAGUGCCUUUCUUGUAUUUACCAGAUGGUGUUACUUAUACACUUUUGUUUCCUUUAAAAGAUGUUAAUUACGAAGAUGAAGUUACAAGAAAUUUUAUAGAAGGACAAACAAAGGACCAAAGGAAACAGAGAGCGUUAUUGUUACCUUGGAUAGAAAUAUCAUUUAUCGAAGAAAGCUUCUUACAAAUAGAACCAGAUGAACAAUACUUUUUGGCAAAUCAUAUUCAUGAAAGUUUACCGGAAGAAGUGAAUUCUAAGUCUCUUGAAAGAGCUAAAGGUACGAAAUUAAAAGUUUUUUCACAAUAUACAUAUGUAAAUGAAUACCUAAAUGAUCCUGCAUUUGAAAUUGUGGUUAAUGAAGACCAGGCAGAUAUUUUAUGGUACACCUCACAUUUCAAAGACUAUAAAAGAUUAAGCAUACAAUCACCGUAUGUUUUUAUAAACCAAUUUCCAUUUGAAAAUGUUCUAACUGUUAAAGAUUUAUUGUCGAUUAUAUGUAGAAGAAAAGCAGGUGAAAGAUACUUCAAUCCCAAUACACUCGAAACUUAUCCAAUUUGGCUACCAACUACUUACAACCUAAGUGUAGAAUUAGUGCAAUUUGUUGCAUACUUUGAACGGAGGAAAUUAAUGAAUUUAGAUAAUCAUUGGAUUUGUAAACCUUGGAAUCUAGCUAGAGGAUUAGAUACACACGUUACGAAAAAUUUGUACCAUAUAUUACGAUUGCCUAGCACAGGUCCGAAGAUAGCGCAAAAAUAUAUUACAAAUCCUGUUUUGUAUGACAGACCGGAAAUCGGAAAAGUAAAGUUCGACAUACGAUACGUAGUAAUGCUCAAAUGUGUACAACCUCUACAAGUGUUCGUCUACAAAAAUUUCUUCUUAAGAUUUGCGAAUAAGGAAUUCGCUUUAAAUAAUUUCGACGUGUACGAACAACAUUUUACAGUUAUGAAUUAUUCAGAAGAUGUACCACUUUGUCACAUAAAGUGCGCGGACUUUAUCUUGGAAUGGGAGAGGCAAUACCCCGACUUUUCAUGGAAUAAAUGUGUCGAGCCAAAAAUCUUGCACAUGUUUAGAGAGGUUUUCGAAGCUGCAGUCGCACUAAAACCACCGAAAGGAAUUGCGGGAAAUCCACAAAGUAGGGCUGUAUACGCGAUCGAUUUGAUUCUCGAAUGGAAAGAGGAGAUGAUACAGCCUAUGUUAUUGGAAAUUAACUUUGCACCUGACUGUAAACGAGCAUGCGAAUAUUAUCCAAAUUUUUACAACGAUAUAUUCAAAUGCCUGUUUUUGAAUUUUGAUAAUCCGGAAGUAUUUCACGAUUUGCGCUUACGGCAGGAUUAAAUUCUUUAUGCAUAAAUCGAAAUACAGUUGCCUAAGUGCAUGCUCGAACUAUAAAUAUCGAGAAACUAUUAACGGUCGUUUUAUGGUCAACGUUGUGGCCAAACACAUUUAUUUAUUCAAAGCAGGAGAGUUCCGUGUUUCGUAUGCGGUAAUGAGCUGAAGUAGAUCCAGUAAAUCUGCAUAUGCGAACGUUAAGGGUAUAUUUGCCCCGUAAAUAAUUUGCACCUCCCAUAACUUGACGCUAUAACGGGAAGACUAUUGUAGUACCUAAUGGAAUAAUAAACGAGACAGCAAUUGGAACAGUUUCACGACUGUCCACUUUGGUCAUCGUGUAUCCACGAGUGCUUGAUUAAUGCAGAAAGAUACUCAUAACGAUAAUGCUAACUUUUUAGCGAUAUCAUUUUUCCCGUGAAAAUACAAUGAAUACGCAAUAAAGGUCGAAUAUAUCGAAGCAUACGCAGUCGAUCUUAAUUAUUUCUUCGAUCAUCCAUCUGUGAUUAUUUGUUUAAUAUUUCAUGUUGAGUUUUUCAAUUACCCCAGAUGUAUUAAAUAUAAAAUCAAGCCUCCUGAAGAAAAAAUUGCAUUGGAUCUAUAAAUUCAGCCAGCGCUUGUAUUUUCCUCCGUUAUUUUCGUCGUUCUAUUUCCUACUGUGUACAUUUAUUUUUACAUAGCUGCAGCCUUUUUAUCGUGUUAUUUUAUGCUGUCGACGUGACGACACGAUUUUAUCGUUUACCUUCGGAUUUCAAAUGGUAGCCAGAAAGUUGACUGUUACCUGCUGCGUUCGCUUAUACUUUUCAUGCAAAUUAUUUUGUUUUCAAUCGACGAUUAUCAGUAGAUUUUUAUUGAGUACGACGAGUUUUAUACCGGCGUAUAUUUUUACGUACGUAUAUUAAUCCGCAGUUUCGUCUCGCGUGCGAGGACAUAAUCAACCGCAACGAUUAUUUCUUUAUUUCAUUUUGCGGCGUUACUAGUCGAAUCACGUUUUACUGACAAUCGUUUCGUGAUAACAUUGAGCUUACGCCAUGGUAUUUUGUUAAUUAUCGUUCCGUUCGUUAUUUGGUUAUUUCGAAACGAGAUUUGCGGUGCUUGUACUCAAUUGAAAAAGCUUUGUCUCCGAACUUUCUAGUACAAAGCUCGUCCCGUGCAAUUAUACAAACGUAUCAACGCUCGAAUUUAAUGUUGUUAUGCACUCGGAUAACGUAGAGCUAUUUUACUUACGGUAUUUCGUUUGAUACGAUUCAGCGGAUAUUAAAUUAUAAUUACUUUAUAAAGAAAAUGUAUUUCGAGACGGAAAAUCGAUGUAAAACAGCGCUCAGAGAAUAUUAUGGUUCAGUCAGGCUAUACAUAAUGUAGUCCAUAGACCUGGAAUAGCUACAUAACUUUUAAUACCAGCGAGCAAAGUUUAAAAAAAAAUAGCGAUGGUUAAAGAAGUAAUUAUAUAACAUCUCCUGUGAACACUUUUCAGCAGAUGCAACAAUAAGCACAAUAGCUGAUCAGUGUCUUCUAAUCGCGGUCGAUGGUACAAAAUAAUUUACGCUUUAAUGCUUCGUAGGAUUUACUUUUCUUUUUUUUUCGUAAUUUUAAAAAGCCGACACAUCAUUCAAAGCAGAGCCAAGGUAAAAAAGUAAAGAAUCCCACGGCUUGAACGCUAUGUCGUGAUCCUUCUUCUUGUUCUUUUUUUCCAUCGGACCGAUUAUAUUUCACCCUCCACUGGGCGUCCUCCCUCCAGUCAGGACUAGUGCGUGCGGCUCCAGGUAGUCGGCUCCGUUCUAUCGUACCUUGCAUUCCCGAAUGUUACGUCUGCGGGGUAGUCGCACCACUUACAUACGUCUGUGCAUUACGGCUAUACCUAUAUUCGUUUCCGUGAAUUACGUAUCG